CCGUUGGACAAUGACGUACGAAGUCGGACUCGCUGUUGGCAUCGCCGUGGCGUCGGCGCUCUUCUACGUCGGCUUCCGCGCGCCGUCGCUCCGCAUGGUGAUCCUCAACACGCUCGCGUUCCUAAAGGGCGUGCCGGUCGUUUGGGUGGACUCGCCAGCGCUGGCCGCCAAGGUCUUCAAGGCGUCGACCAACAAGGGCGUCUUCAUCGAGCACGAGUUCUCCGAGCCUGCAUGGCUGCCUGCGAUCUCGAUGGAGUCGAUCGACGACCCGCGCUGGAGUCGCAUGAAGGCCAACCUCGUCGUCCUCAUGAAGCAACUGCCGUCGUCCGCGGACCUGCAGCGCAUCACGACCGCCGUGACCACCGAAUACGUCGCGUCCCAUGACGUUCUCUGCGCACGCGGCGUCGUGCACAUAACGAUUGCGUCGCUCUUUGAGUGGAUUUUCGCCCGGCCGCUGCCCAAAGACGACGCCGACUGGAUCGUCGACGCGACCAACGCGUGGCGGAUGGAAAUUGCGCUCAAGGGCAAGGGCGACGUGGCGCUCAAGCAGCGCUUUGUCGACUGGACCAUCGCUCACAUUGAGUCGACGCCAACGAUCUACGACCUCUUUGGCCAGCAAUGGCGCGACGCCGAGUAUUUUUCGCUGAUUUUGCAGCCAUUUUUCCUCUCGCCGUCGAUCAAUAUCUCGGACAUUGCCGUCACCGUCGGGUCGCUCGUGCGCCGCGGCGAAGGAGAGACGGCGCCGACCGACCUCAUCCACAAGGCCAUCGACAUGGCCCACCCGUUCAUCAUCAUCGAACGCUACCUCGAGCACGGCUUGGUCGUGGACGGCGCGAUGGUCAUUGCCCCCGGCACCCACGUCUUUGUGCCCAUCGACAACAUGACGAGCGACAGCGCAAUGCGUUUCGGCGCUGGCAUUCGCAAGUGCCCGGGGCAGUUCCAGGGCAUGGCCCUCAUGCUUGGCAUCUUCCAGAACGAUGUGAUCACAAGCCCGAAAUUCCAGCCGGCGCUACACCACAAUGACAUGAUGACGUAA